AUGGACAAGAAGUUGUCAUUGAAAUUAAAUGGUGGCAGACAUGUCCAAGGAAUACUGCAGGGAUCUGAUCCCUCUGUGCAUCGCGUGGAGACAGCCACCAGUGGUCAAGAGCGCUAUGUGGGAGUGGUGGUAGUCCGAGGAGGCAGUACGGUGUUGGACGCACUGGGAUGGGUGUACAGAACGGCUGUGUUCACCACAGAAAUCAACAGCUUCCACACGUUCCCUCGCCAUAGCACCCACUUUGCUACAUAA